AAAACCCCUUUCUCGCCUGUCUAUCCUCCUGUCAAUAUGGCUAAUAAAUCCGUCCUCCGGUUUCCGCCAGACGCGGCGCCCCUCGCGGCGAUUGGGGCGGCGGUUAUCGCAAAGAUCGAGGUCGAUGCUGCCGUCGACGCCAGCCUGUCUGGAAGCAGCCCGCCGGUGCUGUACCUCCCCACUGGCGACGAGCUACGGGGCGCCAGCACCAUCCUCCGCUAUUUCGGCCGCGUGGCGCAAAGGGAGGGAUUCUAUGGCGGCUCGGAUCCAAUCGCCGUUUGCCAGGUGGAUGAGGUGGUCGACUACGCGCCCACCCUGGCCAUUGGCUCGGAGUUUGAGCGCAUCUGCACCUACCUCAACUCCUACCUCGCCGCCCGCACCUUCUUUGUCGGUUUCGACCUCUCCAUUGCUGACGUGGCGAUAUUUGCCGGUCUCUUUGCCACGGGGCAGCGGUGGGACAGCAUUCGCAAGUCCCCAACCGCCAAGUACCCGAACCUCAUCCGCUGGUACAACACUGUUCACGCCGAAGCUCCCGACCUCUCGCCGAGCCUGCUGCCCUUCAGCAGGAAGGCCGCCCAAGCCUUAGCUUCAGCAGCAAAGAGGGGACCAGGGGCGGGCGAGGAAGGCAAGGGAGGAGGAAAGGGGAAGGAGGAGAAGGGAGAUGGAGGGGGAAGGGCAGGGGGAAGCGCAGGGGGCGGGGGAGGCGACCAGCCGGCGGAAUUAGAGCUGCCCGGGGCGGUGUACGGGCAGGUUGUAACGAGAUUCCCGCCCGAGCCAAGCGGGUACAUGCACAUCGGGCAUGCGAAGGCGGCUCUGAUGAACCAGUUCUUCGCGGAGAAGUACGGCGGCAAGAUGCUGGUGCGGUUCGACGACACGAACCCCAGCAAGGAGAAGGACGAGUUCGUGGAGAGCAUCCUGGCGGACAUGGCGCGGCUGGGGCUCACGUGGGACAAGAUCACGCACACAUCUGACUACUUCGAUGGGCUCAUUGCUAUGUGUGAGAAGCUGAUUCGCGAGGGGAAGGCGUACGUGGACAGCACGCCCAAGGAGAAGAUGCGGGAGGAGCGCAUGGAGGGCAUCGAGUCGGCGUGCCGCGCGCACAGCGUGGAGCGCAACCUGCAGCUGUGGGGCGAGAUGCUCAAGGGCAGCGACGAGGGCAAGGAGUGCUGCGUGCGCGCCAAGUGGGACAUGCAGGCUGUGAACAAGACCCUGCGGGACCCCGUCUACUUCCGGGUGGACGCCUCUGGUCUCCCCCACCUGCGCACGGGCAGCAAGUACAAGGCGUACCCCACCUACGACUUCGCGUGCCCGUACGUGGACAGCAUCGAGGGCGUCACGCACGCGCUGCGCUCCAGCGAGUACCACGACCGCAACGAGCAGUACUACAAAGUGCUCGAGGACAUGGGUCUGCGGCGCGUGGAGAUGUGGGACUUCUCGCGCCUCAACUUCGUGUACACGCUGCUCUCCAAGCGCAAGCUCGCGUGGUUCGUCGACAACAACCGCGUGGACGGGUGGGACGACCCGCGCUUCCCCACCGUGCAGGGCAUGCUGCGGAGGGGGCUCACUGUGGCCGCCCUCAAGCAGUUCAUUCUCUCCCAGGGCGCAUCUAAGAACCUGAACCUGAUGGAGAUGGACAAGCUGUGGACCAUCAACAAGAAGAUCAUCGACCCGGUGUGCCCGCGCCACACCGCCAUCGUGCUCGCCCACCGCGUGCCGCUCACGCUCUCCAACGGGCCCGCCACGCCCUUCGUGCGCGUGCUGCCGCGCCACAAGAAGCACCCCCCGGCCGGCACGAAAGCAACGGUGUUUGCGAGGCGGAUCUGGGUGGAAGGGGCGGACGCGAAGGUGAUGAAGGAGGGCGAGGAGGUGACUCUCAUGGACUGGGGCAAUGCGAUCGUGCAGAAGAAGACGAUGAGGGAGGGAGGCGGGACGGAGGGAGGGGAGGGAGAGGGGGAGGUGGAGGCGAUGGAGGGUGUGCUGCACCUCGAGGGGUCGGUGAAGGCCACCAAGCUGAAGCUCACGUGGCUGGCGGACAGCGACGAGCUGGUGCCGCUCACGCUGGUGGAGCUGGACUACCUCAUCACCAAGAAGAAGCUGGACGAGGGCGACGACUUCCUGGCAGCACUCAAUCCGCGCACGCGGUGGGAGGAGGCGGCGGUGGGCGAUGGUAACAUGCGCAACCUGCAGCGCGGGGACAUCCUGCAGCUGGAGCGCAAGGGGUACUUCAUCUGCGACCAGCCGCUCGUGCGCCCCAACAAGCCCAUCGUGCUCAUCGCCAUUCCCGACGGCCGGCAGCGACCCCCGCCUGGUGCUGCUGCUGGUGCUGCUGCUUCUUAGAGAUUGUAGUGCAGGGAGGUACCGGCUGCAGCGCGGCCUGCAGCUGGGGCGCAAGGGGUGCUUCAUGAGUGACCUGACCACAGACCAGCCCCUGGUUCUACUCAACAAGUUCAUCGUGCUCAUCGCCAUUCCCGACGGCCGGCAGCACCUCCGCCUGGUGGUGCUGCUUUUAUGUAGCGAUUGUAGUGCUAGCAGGGGGACGCAUGCUGCAGAGGGGGAAUGGCUUCUGCUGGACCCAAGGGAUUCGUCUGCGAUCAGCCGUUGGUGUGCCCCAAGAAGCCUGUGGCUUGAAUGGUUUUUCCAUACGCCUCUGCUUAUGUGACUGGCAAUCAGAGACAUCAGAAUCACACUGUGUCUUGUGUGGGCCAUGUGAUCCUCGGCCAGGGCACGUACAUACACCCAGGCACGCUUCGUGUUAUGAAUUAUAACUCAGAGUGUAGCGCAGAAUACUAUAGGGGAACGUUCUUAGAACUGAAGAAUGUGUUGAAUAGAGAGAGAGUACAAGGGUAUAUACCUAAGAGUGUUGUACCCUCUAAGAGGCUACCCUAUACA